AUGCAUUUAUUCUGCAUCAUUACGGCCGUAGGUCUACUUUCCCCAUUGGUGGGAGCAUUCAAUGCUUCAAAGCCCAGUGCCUCAACUACAGACCGAAUUGCUGGUAUAAAAGCCCUCGUGAAGCGACGACUACCGCAACAUGAAGACUCUUUCAUCUUUUCUUUAUCCAACGACACAGCGUCGGCAGCAGAUAGUUACACUGUUGUGAGCACCGCCGAUGGUAAGAUCCAUGUGCAGGGAACAUCGCUCAGUUCUAUCGUAUAUGGCCUUCAUUCUUACCUCUCAGACGUUGUUCACGUCGAUAUUUGGUGGCAUGCCGGUAGCCAACUCCAAGAUGCACCCGCGAGUCUGCCGAGAUUAUCAUCACCAUUGAAUGGACAAAGUAUUGUUCCAUACCGCUAUGAGCUGAACACAGUUACCACUUCGUAUACCGCCCCAUUUUGGACUUGGGAAGAUUGGGAAUUGCAAUUGGACUGGAUGGCUCUUCGUGGCAUCAACCUGGCUCCAGCCUGGAUUGGAAUCGAGAACUUCUUCAUUGAAGUAUUUCGAGAAGUCGGCUUCACGGAUGAUGAUAUUUCAGAUUUCUUCACUGGUCCUGCAUUCCUCGCCUGGAACCACUUUGGCAACUUACAAGGAUCGUGGUCUUCUAAUCUACCGUUUGAAUGGGUUGACAACCAGUUCGCUCUUCAGAAAAAAAUAAUAAGACGCAUGGUGGCGCUGGGCAUUACGCCUAUUCUGCCCGCAUUUCCUGGCUUCGUCCCUCGGGCGGUGUCUCGUGUAUUACCUGAUGCUCAGAUACUUCGUAGCAUUCAGUGGGUGAACUUUCCCGAAAAGUAUACCGAAGACAUAUUGCUUAAUCCUGUCGAUCCUCUAUUUGCGCAAAUGCAACUGAGUUUUAUUGCGAAGCAGCAGCAGGCGUAUGGAAACGUCACGCACUUCUAUACACUCGACCAGUUUAAUGAGAUGACACCUCCUUCGGAAGACCUAGAUUACCUGAGAAAUGCGAGCUCAAACACAUGGAAGGCACUCAAAGCGGCAGACCCCGACGCCAUCUGGGUGUUUCAGGCGUGGCUAUUCGCGCAAAACACCACUUUCUGGACAAACGACCGCAUUGAAGGAUACCUUGGCGGCGUCACUAUCGACAGCGACAUGCUGAUUUUGGACAUUUGGUCAGAAUCAAUGCCCCAAUGGCAACGUGCUCAAUCCUAUUACGGCAAACCUUGGAUCUGGUGCGAACUGCAAAACUACGGCGCCACCAUAAAUUUGUAUGGCCAGAUCCAGAAUGUCACCAAGAGCCCGAUUCUGGCACUGCAAGAGUCACAAUCGCUAGUUGGAUUUGGCCUGUCGAUGGAGGGCCAGCAGAGUAACGAAAUUGUCUAUGACCUUUUACUCUCUCAAGCUUGGAGGAGCAAUCCUAUCGACACCAACGCCUAUUUCAAGAGUUGGGCUGCUGCACGAUAUUCGAGUAGUAAGCGACCUGCAAGUAUUUACGCUGCAUGGGAGACGGUCCGCACCACUGUUUAUGAUAACACCAAUCUCACUAUGAUGCCAUCUGUACCAAAGUCAAUCAUUGAACUCAUCCCCAGGACGACUGACAUGGCUAAUAUUGUUGGAAUUCUGGGAACCAAACUGACAUAUGACCCCGCUACCAUGGUAAGCGCGUGGAAGCAGCUCUACCAGGCUGGCUUACAGGAUGCAUCACUCUUCAACAAUCCGGCAUAUCAAUACGACAUCGUCGACUGGACACGUCAAGUUUUAUCUAACGCAUUUAUACCCAUAUACGAGAAGCUUCUACAGAUCUAUUACAUGCCUAACCAGACAGCCGAAAACCGAGCCACAGAAUUAAGGACACAAGGAGAGCAGCUUACUCGCCUACUACUUUCCCUCGAUCUUGUUCUUUCGUCGAAUAAGAAUUUCCGUCUUUCAACUUGGCUCUCAGCAGCUCGUGCAUCAGCCCCGAAUGCAUCAUAUGCUGACUUCUUCGAGUAUGAAGCUCGCAAUCAAAUCACUGUCUGGGGCCCUUCAGGACAACUCGUCGACUAUGCGUCAAAGGCAUGGUCUGGGCUUAUGAAGACAUAUCACUUGAAGAGAUGGGAAAUGUUUGUCGAUUAUUUGAUUGCCACAGAACCAGCAAAUUAUAACCAAACGGAAUUCCAGGACGGCCUCUUGGUUUGGGAGCUAUCAUGGGCGAAUAACACCGGUGUCCAACCGGAAGGGUCAGACGAAGAGUCAGAUGUAGGAGACAAUAUCAGGAGAACGGUACAACAAUGGAGCGAGAUAUUUGCGUAA